AUGUUGAACAAGAAGCUCAGCUGUUGAACAGCGGUCGGCACAUGCUGAUGCUUACGAAGGAAAAAACGGAGAUAAUGAACGUUUUGCGAUUCUUGCAGCAUAUUAUAGUAUAUAGGAUUGCUAACACGCGUGUGGUGUGACACUCACGCUUUCAGACUCAAGUUCAUCAAGAAAACUUGCGGUAAAUUUGUAUUAUUCCUUUACAAACCUAAAAAUGGCUACGUCAAAAGCGUUGGGGUAGUUUGCAAACCCUGCAGACUAUUUAUAUGGUAAUAAAACCGUUACAUACAUGUAAAUGCGCGCGUAUAUGGGUGCAGGCUUGUCUCGAAUUGAAAAUUUCACUCCAGCCAGCUGACCGAAGUUGAUAAGCCUGAAUGCAUGUUGGGUUAUGGAUUUGUUUUUCUCUGGGACUGUGACCCAGUCACAUCGCCUGUUGACCGAACCAGCAUCGAAAGACGUUCACGGGAUUUUUUUUUUAUGUAAAGUAUUUCGUUUGGAAAGCAUAGGAAACACCGCUGGAUGCUGACGGCUACCUGAGGACAAACGCUGCGCUUAUCUGAUUGGCUGACGGAAAGCUGGCAGCCGCGGUUUGCGCAUAUAACGGGCAGCGGACGCGCCGAGAGCCGCUUAGAAGGUGCGAGUUUGCGCAAGUUGGAAGGAAGGAUGAAGCGCAAGUGACUGAGCCACGGAGCCGCGGAGCCGCGCAGCGGAGACACCUGUUAGCAGCGCUGCAGACCCCCGCCAGCCCGCAAGAAGGACAAUCUUUUAACUCCAGUCAAGUCCCGUGAAAGCAUGUGGGUGCUGGACAAGAUCCGUGGAUCAGUGGAGAGUAACGUGCUGCGUCAGGGCAAUGGCGGGGACAGGCAGGGAAAGGCUCCUGUCUACAGCAACGUCCUGACGCCAGAUAAAAUCCCCGACUUCUUCAUCCCUCCGAAGUUGGUGAGCUGCCCCCCGGAAGUGGAGACGCUGGACGCCAAGCCUAAGGAUGUUCCGCAUCCCUCCGCCUCAGAGCAGGCCAUUAGCGGCAAGAAGCCCCAGGGCAGUCCACGCAGCCCCCGGCUAGUCAGCAAGCUGGCAGGAGAUACCAAGAACCUCUUGAAGGCGGCCAAUCGCCACAUCAUCCAGAUCGAGACGGCGGAUGAAGCGGUGGCUGGGGACACCAAUGCCGAUCCUCAGUCUCAGACGGCCAUGUCCCUACCCUACGUCCCAAAGACGCAGACGUCCUACGGCUUCGCCACCCUCAUGGAGAGCCCCCACACUCGCAGGAAGGAGUCCCUCUUCCACAGUGACCACACGAGUCCCGCCACUUCACCCAACUCCCAACGCAAAUCUGCAGGCAAGGGCGCCGCCGAGGGCAACCACCUGAACCCGGCGGACUUGAGCGGCGCUCACAUGAACCCGUACCGCUACUUCAGCGGCGGGGAGAGCGACACCUGCUCCUCGGCGGAAUCUUCGCCCUUCAGCUCCCCGUUGCUGUCCCGCUCUGCCUCGCUGCUCAAGAUCCUCACCCACGAGACACAGGCGAAGGUGGUGAAAGCCAAGAGGUCUUUCGCCCGCCACAGCUCCCUGUCCACAGAUGAGUGCAGCUCUGCCGAGCCCAGUCCCUGUGUCCAGCGCCGGAUCCACUGUCCGACGGCUGUCGGUGGGGACCACCUUCCGGGCCCAGACCGGCAGCAACGAGAGCACACGGUAAACCUGCACAAGGGCGGCAGUCUGCGCCUCUGCACCGACUAUGAUCCCGGUGCCGCCCGUCUGCGGAUCCGUGUGCUGGCGGCCGAAGACUUGUACGACAAGCUGUUUGACACGAAGAGCAUCAACUGCUGCGUGGCCAUUUACCUGAACCCUGGCAAGCUGCAGAAGCAGAGGAGCACCAUAAUCAAGAACAGCCGCAACCCCAUCUUCAACGAGGACUUUUUCUUUGACUCUGUGCCGUCCGCCCAGGUGAAGAACCUGGCCAUCAAGAUCAAGGUGGUCAACAAGGGCACGAGUCUGAAGAGAGAUCUUCUGCUGGGGGAGAGGGAGAUCCCACUGGUGAAGCUCCUCUCGGGGCUCUAGGUGUGUCGAUACCCCGGGACAGGACAUAUUGACCUGGUUCUCCAUAGGUCUGCCCAGCUUGAAGAUGUGUGUUUUCUUGUCAUAGCAUCAAAGGAACUUUCCAGUUAUGUAAGCUUACAGUUUCGAGAGAGUUUAUGUUUAACUCAUCGAAACACAAGUCAACGUUUUAAGGCACAUGCAUGCUAUACUCUGUAUUUGAUACAGUUUAUUUAAUCUUUUUUGUACACAGUGCGCCGCAGCCAACAGUGAUGACCGAAUGCGUGUGUGCAAUUCCUUCUCGUUGAAACAAAUUCUUUGAACAUUGAGGCCCUUUGAAGUCUCAUUAUAAUCUGAUGUGCAAAUGCGAGCUUGGAUUGUGAUCACAAACUCUGAUUUUGGGGGAGGGUGGGUGGCGUAUCAAAAGCCAAUCACUGGAAACCUGGAGAAUGGUUUAACGAUGUCACUGUCUUAAUCUCCCGUAGCGUCUUGGGAGCCUGCAAGGGGGGGACUCCUUAUGCUUGCUUCUUAAUCUAAAUCUGAUGCAGUUUCUAUCAGUUUGACUCGUAGUUACCUGAUUAUCUGAGUGUUAUUACAGAAUAUGAAUAAUGUCACCCGUAAGCCUUACUAAACAGCACAUUUGUACAUUGUUUCAUUAUGUUGCAUCAAAAAUAUUUUCAUCUGUACAGGGAUCCCCCGCUAUAUCACAGUUCAGCUAUCGCACUCCCGCUAUAUCGCGGAUUUUUCCCCGACAGUUCUCUGCUGUGUGUGUGUGUGUGUGUGU